AUGCGUCCGGGACCCACUACCGUUGGGACCCGGACAAACAUGGUCACUUUGAAAGAUCUGUCGUUGGACACCGUUUCAUUGAACAAAUUGAAUUGGGCUCAAUUCAGUGCGCUUCAAGAAAAAGUCGAAUCGAUUUCGGCGCGUCAAGAUACGUUUAAAUCACGGGUUGAUUCACAUCAAUCCACACUAAUUUUAGUUGCAACCGCGUCCAGACGUCUUCUACAGUCGACAAGGAACUUUUCCGCUGAGUUGAAACAACUUCAAGAAUGGAAGCAAAACAAAACGUUGAAAGACGUGCGAGUGAGAAGAUUCAUGGGAAGAUUGCAAAAAAGCAUCAAGGCUCUCGCCGACAUGUUGGCAAUGGAUGGAUGCGAGUCGAAGCCGUGCCAGCAUGGUGGUACUUGCCUUCCUCGUUUCGGUAACAAAUACAAUUGUCUCUGUCCGUCUUAUCGCUCGGGUGACAAUUGCGAAGAGGAUGUAGACGAAUGUGCGAUGUAUGAAGGCACGCAUGCUGGAUGUCAACAUAAUGGAACGUGCAUAAAUCAUGACACAGGUUUUCGAUGUGAAUGCCGUUCUGGUUACCAUGGACCCCUCUGCCAGUACCGUCAAUCGACGUGCUCUCGUUCGAUCGAACUAUGCGGACCACAUGGUCAUUGCAUUGACGUAGACACAUCCGAAAACGACGCUUCAUACAAGUGCAUAUGUGAUUGGGGUUACAAGGUUUCGGAUGACAAACAGAACCCGACUUGCGUCGAUGUGGACGAAUGUCUGGACAACCCAUGCCAUCCGGGAGUCGACUGCAUCAAUUUGCCUGGAAAAUUUCAAUGCGUUGGCUGUCCGAAGGGUUAUCAUGGCAAUGGACAAAUUUGUGCUGAUAUCGAUGAAUGCGCUGCGGAAAUCUAUCCAUGCUCGACGAAUCCUCGCGUACCAUGCUUUAACACUAUCGGUUCAUUUCACUGUGGCAGUUGUCCGCCAGGUUAUCGCGGUGAUGGUCGUUCGUGCCGUCGCAAGUCAGGCUGUGACGAUGCACCAUGUUAUCCAACCGCCACUUGUGUAGAUGAUCAGACAUCUCUGAACCCAGGAGGCUUUAUUUGUCAUUGUCCGAGUGGAAUGAUGGGAGAUGGAGUCGGAGAAAGUGGAUGUCAGAAGAGCAACUCGACGAUUUGUCGUUCAGAAGGAUAUUGUAUGAAUGGAGGGACGUGCAAUCCGAUAUCAGCGACCGACUAUCGAUGUGCUUGUCCAGAAUUUUACUAUGGCAUCCACUGCGAACAGGUCUCCGCAUGCAUUGGUUCCCCAUGUGAAAAUGGUGGCAUUUGUGAGGAUGCCGGCGUUGGUAAAGUGAAUUGUAUAUGUCCAAUUGGGUUCUAUGGAUCAUUAUGUCAGUAUGAGGAAAACAGCUGUGGUGCUCACUACAGGGAGCCCUCCGGCAAUCUCACUUUUCCUACCGACGCUGGCAAUAUUGCGGAGGAUGGUUGUGAUUUUGUGAUCUCCACCGGGGAGGAAAACUCGGCGUUACGAAUCACGUUUACUUCGUUUGAAAAUAUGGAUGGUGGGAUUAGCUCUACGGACUGUUCAAAGAUGCCAGCCAACUUAACACUCUUCGACGGCGCUAGUGACAACGCGCCGGUUUUUGCGACUUUCUGUGGCGAUGGGAAUAGUGGCAAGAUGCCUGUAAUUGGUGAAGCAAUAACGAUGACGUCCUCGAGUGCUCUGCUUCGCUACAAAGGAACGGGUGGUUCAUUCUCGAUUAAAUGGGAAACAAAAAAACGAGAAUGUGGUUACCGCACCAAUUUGGCCUCCGGAGUACUCGUUGUGCCCCAGCACCAUAUGGAUACAGCGUGCGAUUGGUUUAUUUCGGCACCGAUGGAGAGGCAUAUCGAAAUUGAGAUUCCUACGGUAGAAAUGACUACUGGUGUGGAAUUAAAUUGCUCGGUCAAUGAGUUGGAGGUUUUCGAUGGCUAUACUUCAUACGAUGCUCAUCGAAUUGUUCACAUUUGCGAAACAACGAACGUAACGACAGUGGUUAGGUCCACAGGGCCAUUCCUCACAGUGUCCUUCCGAAGUAACGUUCUUGGAGGGUCGAAAAGUGCUCUGCAGCGUGGAUUCACAAUGAAAUACAGAACAUUUGAACCUGACCGCCGUUGUGGUGGAGAUGUCACCAAUACGGACGGCGAAUGGGACUUUUCUGGUGUAAUCGAGAGCCCUAAUUAUGGUGGAUUUUAUCCAGCAAACAUGGACUGUACGUGGAAACUUGAUGGUAUUGGUCCUAGCAACUUUUCCAUCACUGAUCAAACCCUAAAGCUUGAAUUCCUCUCUUUCGAUAUCCCAUCAACGUACCAAUUCUCGUCUGCAAUGUUCCAGCAACAAAUAGAAAUUCCGAGAAGGGCUUUUAACAUUUUUAGUGGUAUUGAGCGUCGAAUGGGCCUGACAUCACCAUUCCGACGUGUCAAUCCUUUAAUACCUUUUCGUAGACAAAUGAUUUAUCAGUGCACGGACGACUACCUUCAUUUAUACGCUGAUGGACAACUAAUACAUGACGGUUGCAACGGUCAUCCACCUCCAACUACUAUGUUAAUGCCUAUGCCGCAAAUUAUACUCAGAUUUCAUUCAGAUGGUGGAACACAGGGGAAAGGUUUCAAAAUUGCAUACAGUUUAGUAUGCGAGAAAUCGCUCUACGGAAACGGAACCAUCCAAACAUGGAACUAUCCAGACGGUGGAAGAGCUGGUAAAUGCACCUACAUAAUAAGGGCGGAUCAGAGUCAUGCAAUCAGACUUAAAUUCAAAACGAUAGGUAUGCGUGGAGCAACAAUAUCACAAUGCUUCUACAAUCGAGAUUCCGUUGCGACGGCUACAGAUUAUGUUGAGUUUUCUGGUGGAAAAGAAGAGGACAAACAGAUCAACCAAAGAUACAUAUGUGCUCGGUAUCCGUUCGUUGAAGAGGGCGAGUUCAUUAUGAGCGCAACACGACCUUUGGUAAUCACUUAUGCGAGCAGCGGUGAUGAGAAGAACCGUGGCUUGCUCAUGGAGUACUCAACGAUAGAUGUCGGUUGCGGUGGUGUUUUCUCGCAGUCUAGUGGCACUAUCAGCUCGCCUAAUUAUCCCGAUAAAUAUCUCCCUCAUAUGCAUUGUGUAUACCAUAUACAAGUUCCAUGGUCUAAACAAGUGCGACUAACUUUUGACAAUUUCGACAUCGAGGUCGUGCAGAACGAUGAAUGCUCAUACGACAAUGUGGCGGUGUAUGAAUGGUACGUAAGUGCAACAGAACACGGAAAAUUGCUGGGAAGAUUCUGCGGCACAAUGUUACCACCAACACUUCUUUCGAGCUUAUACAAGAUGGCUGUGGUAUUCAGCUCAGAUCGUUCGAUUGCUGGAAACGGCUUCUCAGCUAGAUUCGAAGGUGUUGAUCCAUCAACAGACUGUGAUCACACUUACACUGAACCUGCAGGAGAGAUAAUUUUCGAUGGCAGUCAAGGAAGAUACUCACAGUGUGACUUCCAUAUUUCAGUCGUUUCGACAGCUCGCCUUGUACUGAAGAUGAAUAAUAUGAGCAUUCCAUGCCUCAAAUCACAACUAAUUUUGAGAAACGGUGCUUCUGACCAAUCACCUGGAUUUACAGCGCUGAAUACAGAAUCAUCCGUAUGUGAUGAGUUUUCAAUGCCAAUCUUGCGAUCUCAUGGCAACCGUGUUUUCCUGAGGCUUCAAACCACAGACUCAUCGAAGACGUAUUUCAAUAUAAGCUACGAACAAAUACUUUCAUCUUGUGGUGGACAUGUUGAGGGUGUUUCUGGAUCGAUCGCAAGUCCUCAAUACCCUCUGAAGGAUUCUCGAAGUCUUGAUUGUUCAUGGACGAUAGCAGUAGCUCUUGGAAAUCAUGUUCGAUUUUCGCUUGUGAACAUAGAUGAUCUAAAGUCAAGCGAUGAUAAUGGCUUUUGCGGGAUGUUCGCAGCAAGUCGGCUUGAUGUGCUCGACGGACCACACAGUGAUGCUCGACUUAUGAGACGUUACUGCCGCAAGGUGGUCGCAGCGGAACCAUUAACAUCAGAAGACCAUGAGAUUACUGUUCGGUACAAACAACAUGGUGGACCUAUGCUUGGUCCACUUUAUGGAUUCUUGGCGCAUUUUUCGACAGUCUGCACUGACAUUGUAUUAACCGAUUUUGUGGGUUCAAUCCAAUCUCCUGGGUAUCCAAACAAAGUUUGGACGGGUCAAUACUGUUCUUGGACUAUAAAGGCACCACCCGGAAAUCGUAUUCAAGUGAACUUCCAUAGCUUUGUAAUCGAUCGGCGAAUCCGUUAUGGCACGGUACCGGGCAAAUGCUCAGAGAAUUGGCUGAAGUUUGGCGAUGGAGAAGUUGCUGAAGCGACGGUUAAAAUUGGUAAUACAAUCAAUGUGACGAAUAAACUUACGGAAACUUGUUCUGAUGUUGUUAAGCCAAUGGUAGUGAAGAGUAAAAACAAUAUUUUACACAUAACCUAUCAGUCUAAGAAGCAGGAACAGAAUCAAUUCUGGUUGACGUGGACUACUAUUGGAUGUGGUGGGACAUUGAUUACUCCUGCGAAUAUAUCGGCUAAUGUAAAUAGAAUGAAUCGCAAUGCUGAACAGCUGGAGUGUCAGUGGCAGAUCAAGGCUCCUGUUGGCAAACGUGUACUUCUCAAUGUGGAUACCAUUUCGAUAUUCCAGAAAACAGAAGUUAGCUGCCGAUAUAAUGAUGAGAACGAGGAGUUUGCCGGACUAGCUAUCUUCUCUGGAAGUUCGAAUCGCUCUGGGCACGCGCAAUAUACGGCUUGUACGAGUAUGCGGAACUUCGUUUAUAGAUCGCAUACGAAUGAACUAUUCGUGAUGCUGAAGUAUUCGCUUAGUUCGGUGAUGCCAGAUGCUGAAGGCAACUUCUUCAUAGCUAAUGUCACAUUUGUUGACGCUGAUAGUGAAAAUAAAGACGAAUGCGGUGGAGUCGUUGAAGUUUUGUCCUCUCAAGUCUCAACGAUUCAUUCGCCACGAUAUCCUGAGGAGUACGAACGAGGUGCAGAGUGUCAGUGGUUGUUCAAGGCACCAUCUGGCUACUAUUUGAUCUUCACACUGAAAGAAUAUAUCACUCCGAAUGCACAUGAGCAACAAACUGAGAAGAAGUGGAUGCCACGAGCCAUGAAUAAUCUGACUUGUCAAGAUCCCCUCCCCCUUAUUGAAGGUGCACUCACCAUCUAUGGCGGAAAUUCCACAAGGCAUGAGAAAAUUGAACGAGUUUGUUUGGAUAUUGAAGAGCCAAAGCAGGUGCCAGUUUUCGCUAGAGAGUCGCUUGUAACGUUCCGUGGAGCAUCAACAGCAAGAAUUCACAUGACCGGAGAAGAUCAGCACGUCAAAAAGAUUGGCUUCCUGCUAGAAGCGCGAACUGCCUGCGGCGGUUUAGUGCUGGCCGAUGAUAAGGAGGCUGUAAUGACAUUCAUUGACCUUGAAGAAGAAGUGUGCAACAUUACGAUACGCAAAAAGAAUGAGUCCGAUAGUGGCAUAUACGUUCGACUCGAUGAAUUUGUUAGUCGCGGAAUAACAAAACAUCGUAGUAAUGAUAUGCUUUUUGGCAAUAGCUACCUUGACAUACAAGUGGAUGGCGGUGAUGUAAUGUCUCGCGAAGCGAAAGGACCUUACCUUGUCGAAGCUUCGACCACUCACGAAGAGUUCCGUGCUAAAAACGAGAUCCGCAUCGCUUUUGUGAAGAAGAACUCGUUGCUCGCAGCUAGAAUAGUGAUCGCGUACUCAACGAUUAUUGAUAAUUGUGGUGGCGAGAUCACUUCCCGAGAAGGAUUCAUUAGUAUUCCUGACAUUACCGAUGAUUUCGACUGCAUUUGGACACUACGGGAGAAUCCUGGUAACGGUGUUAGGGCGUCGGUCACAGAAUUGCGUAUACCGUACUCACCAAAUUGCACGGAUUCGUACCUGGAGUUCCGUAAAUGGAACGCUUCUGGACCGUUGAUUGGACGUUGGUGCGAAAGAACGCCUUCAAUGUUCGGCAUGGAAGAGGUGAUCUGGAUGAAAUUCCGUUACGUUAGACCGAGAGAAGUGAUUAGCGAUGAGGACCUAAUCAAGCCUGCUAUGAGGAUCUUGUUCUCUCGAGUUCAUGGCGGCACUACAACUUCUCAUGUCAUCCAACAACCACUAGUACUAAUCGAAGAGAUGUACACAAACUUCAUGUGGAUCGCCGAAGGGGAACCAGAUAAAGGUUUGCUUGUUCACAUUGAUUCAAUUCGGAUCCCGGAGGAAAACUAUCAAGGCUACGAUGGUAUCAACAAGAUUGGCCUAUUCCUUUCUGAAGCAUUGGACAAUCCAAAUCUAAACUUCAUUGUCAACAAUGGUCGACCUGGAAGUGUUCGAGUAGGAGGAUUCAUUCCUCCAGCUGAUAUCUACCUGCCGUUCUCGCGCCUUGAAGUCUCGUUCUUCGCACCACCCCGAAGCGAGUUCCGUCUCACGUGGCAGAGUGUUCCAAAAAGGAAUGCAAAUUAUACCGAGGAAGGAGAAGGAAAGAAUACUACGAAAACUUACUCCUGCGGAUCUGUACUGGUACCGACAUGGGAUUGGCAAGAAAUCAAGAAUCCCGUUCCACCAGGCCAAACUGUCGGGUAUGAGAACAACGUACACUGCAGGUGGACGAUAGAAAGACCGCUAAUGACAGGGUUACGGGUUAAGAUAAAAAUGCUUGAUUUGGAAGAUAUGGGAGGCUGUCCAUUUGAUUUCAUUUCACUACUACCAGAUCGUGAUACCGCUGAAAGCAGUGGAGACGAGUUCAACGCUGGUCAAAAGUACUGUAGGUCCUCGCAUGUCAACACAACACUGGACUACUCAUACAACAAGGUCCUCUAUGUGCACUUCGUGAGCGAUCGUUCAAGAGCUGGACGUGGCUUUAUCUUGCAAUAUAGGCUAACAUGCAAUUCAUUCGACUACAUACGUCCCUCCUACGGUCUUCUGGAACAUGUGCUCACAAGUCCAGGAUAUCCGGAACCGCAAACCGACCAGAAAUGCAUGUGGUCAAUUGUUCUUGGCUCUAAUCGACGAAUCGGCUAUGAAAUCCUAGAUCUCGAGUUAGAAGAGACUGAUCAGUGCACUACGGACGUGCUUUCAGUGUCACCACGUUCAACACAGUUCAGCCAACAUCACAAAAAAGAGUCGUUAUUCUGUGGACCAUUCAGUUCGUUAACCACACGCAAUGGUACUAUGCAAAAUGGUCGUCUUUUUAUUCGAUACACGAAUAUUGAGGAAAAGAACAAGGGUUUCAAAAUGCGCAUCUUCGAGGUCUCUGAGGACUGUAGUUCGGAGAACUUGUUCGUUGAUGAAAGCGAACCGACGAAGAUCCUUUCAACUCCACGUUAUCCUGGUUUGAUACCGCAUUCGCUUGAUUGUCAGUACACCUUACGCGCGCCGAACGGGCAUCGACUGAAAUUCACUGUGAAUCCAGAAAAUUUCAAAAUGGAGUCUGCAGAUGAUGAAUGUGAUUGUGAGGAAUGUGACUGGCUUGAAAUUCGAGAUGGUCCCACUGAACAUGCUCCACUUAUUGGCAGAUACUGUAACAUCUAUGCGCCUUCUACGAUAUAUUCAACGGGUAAUUUCUUAUUUGUUCGAAUACGAACGGAUUCAUUUGCUGCCAGCAAUGGAUUUACGGCAGUCUACGAAUUGGCGUCCUGCGGUGGAACCGUUGUACUUCGCCCUGGAGUCAACCAUACAUUGACUUCCCCGAACUAUCCCGAUGUGUAUCCACUCCAUGCUGAAUGUGAGUGGUCCGUACGAACUCCGAAUAGUCACAUGGUUGAGGCAAGGGUAGUUCACGUGGGCCUCACCUGGAAUGUGAACUGCUCCACAGAUAGUUUUUCGAUUAGAGAUGGAAACAGAACAGCACCGUACCUCUUGGAACCGCAAUGCAAUGGACGUCAUCUGAGUAAAACUGAUUACCGGUCGGCUAGCAGCGAAAUGACUGUGCAGUUCAGGUCAAAUGGAACUAUACAGAAAGCUGGCAGACAGUUGUGCAAGGACAAAAAGUGCGGUUUUGAGUUAAUGCUACGAGUUAGCAAUGAAUCUUGUGGCGGAAUCAUAACUGAUCAAGAAGGCCAACUAACAACUCCUGGAUAUCCUGGACGGUUACUUCCGCAUGUUAGGUGCGAAUGGGAACUACGCGCAGGAAUUGGCUAUCGCUACUUGCUGUCGUUCGAAUUUUUGGAGGAUCGCGAUGGUUUCUACCAGAAACGAUUCGGAGGCGAAACAGACGGCAAAGGAUGUUUUGCUGAUUUAGUGUUCUUUAAUGGGAGACCGAAACACGAAGCUAUAAACUACCGAAAUGAUCGUCUUUUCUGCGAUUAUCGUAAAGUUUUUGUAAGCGAAGCUGAUCUUGUUACCGUUGUAUAUUCCGACUCCUACACGAAACAUUACAAAGGUGUCUCGGAUGAUUCCAGCGACAACGUCUACUAUGUACCAUUCCGAGUGAACUACACAAAGGUUCCUGCUGAUUAUGACCAGAAUGGAUGCGGCUUUUUAGUAUCAAAAAACGACACUUUGAAUUUCGGAAACUACUCGUCAGCGGGUGCAGAUGGCGUUCGUUAUUGUCAUGCUGUUCUUCGUCGGCCAGCUGAAUACGCGACGACGCUAGUUGAAAUCACGGAAUACAGUGAGAACUCUGCAUUCGUCACAACCGAUUGCUCGGAUUGGGCAAAUUCGGUCAUGCUAGAGUGCAGUAUAUACCACGAAACCUGA